ACCAUUCUCCUCUGUUCUUCUGUUCUUCUCUUCUUCUCUCUCUGCCUUCCUUCUAUAUAACCCCGUGACCUUUCUUCCCAUUUCUCAUUCUCAUUCUCAUUCUCAAUUCACUUCACCCCACAAUUUAUUUUUUUUGGCUCAGUGUUAUUAUUACAGUUGUUGUUGGUAAAGAAUGACGAACCGUAAUGUGAAUAACACGAUUCUGGAGUUGGCAAUGUCGAUUUCAAACUCAGGUGCUCUACCUAGAGCUGCAGUGCCUGGAAUAAUGGCUUUGCUUGGUGGGGUUUUAGGCCUACCCCAGAAAAAGCUCUUAUUGAAAACUUUGGAGGAUGGAACUGGAAAAGGAGGAACCAAAGUUAACACAUGGAUUGAUUCAAUGAGAGCUUCUUCUCCCACUCGAGUCAAAUCCACACAGAACCAAGACCCCAGUCCUUGGAUUCUUUACCACCCUUCGGCACUGAACCUGUUUGAUCAGAUUGUAUGUGAGUCCAAAGGGAAGCAGAUUGUCACUUUUCUUGACUAUGAUGGAACUCUCUCCCCAAUUGUUGCAGACCCAGAUAAAGCAUACAUGAGUCAAAAGAUGAGGGCCACACUGAAGGACAUAGCGAGGCAUUUCCCCACUGCCAUCGUGAGUGGAAGGUGCAUAGACAAGGUGUAUAGCUUUGUGAGAUUGGCAGAAGUGUACUAUGCUGGGAGCCAUGGGAUGGACAUCAAGGGACCAACAAAUAGGCGAAGUACUAAGAAAGUGAGAAAAAGUUUCCAUAACCAAAUUAAUGAAACCAAGAUUUUUAUGAUGGUGUCCUUCCCUCUCAUCAUAGAUUCGUAUUUUUUUGUUUUCUUGCAGGGAAACGAUGCAGUACUUUUCCAACCCGGUAGUGAAUUCUUACCCAUGAUCAAUGAGGUGUACAACAUCUUGGUGGAUAAAACAAAGUCUGUCCCGGGGGCUAAGGUAGAAAAUAACAAGUUUUGUUUGUCCGUGCACUUUCGCUGUGUUGACGAAAAGAAUUGGGCAUCAUUGGCUGAACAAGUUAGCUUGCUCCUCGAUCACUACCCCAAACUUAAGCUAACUCAAGGGAGAAAAGUGCUUGAGAUUCGACCAACCAUAAAAUGGGACAAGGGCAAGGCUCUUGAAUUCUUGCUUGAAUCACUGGGAUAUGGUAACUCUGAUAAUGUAUUUCCAAUCUAUAUUGGUGAUGAUCGAACUGACGAAGAUGCUUUUAAGGUUUUACGGAAGAGGGGUCAAGGGAUUGGGAUUCUUGUUUCUAAAAUUCCAAAAGAAACCGAUGCUUCCUACACUCUGCAAGAUCCAACCGAGGUUGGGCAGUUUUUGCGGCAUUUGGUGGAGUGGAAAAGAACGAGUACCCAAUACCACAAGUUAUAGAUUCUUGAUGAGUUCAGGGAAAUUGACGCCAACCCAGAAUUUGGUCAAGGGGUGGUUCCGAUUAUAUCCCUUUCUUGUUGGAAAUAGGAAAUAGUGUGUUCCAUAAUUUAAAGUUUUAGGGAGGGGCCAAGUUCAAAUAGCUAGGUUCUCUCUCUCUCUCUCUCUCUCUCUCUUUUUUUUUUGUUUUAUUUUUUGUUUCGAAAUGUAGUCUAUUCCUUCACACGUUUGCAUGCGCAUGCGGAUAGUGAAAGAAACUGAUGUAUUAUGCCGCAAUUGCGAAUGGCGCGUCAACCUUCUUGCUCUCAACUGUACUUAUCGUAUGAAAAUCACCAACUUCAACUAGAAAAGGUGAUUUAGACAAUCACAAGUGCAAAAUGACUUUGUACCGAAAUUUAAAAAGAAAAUAAAAUACAAAAUAAAUUCAUAUUUA